AUGUGUUGGUGGUUAAACUUACUGAGGUAUGGAGCUGGGAUAGACAACGAACUAGCUUUGGAAGGCGGCGGAGACUAUACUCGGGAAAUUGGUUAUCUAGAGUUUGCCAAGUACACUAACGGAAGUGACAACUUGCUCAACAGAAUUUGGUACCAACCGGAAGAAAUCUUCCCGGUCACAGGAACUCCAGAAGUCCGGGAACAUGCCUUCUGGGUUCCCGUUGACGAGUACUUCUUGGAUAUUGCAAGCAAACUCGAGAACACGAAGCUACCACAGUGCGUGAACACCACGUGCCUCCCUCGACCACCAAAGGUAACCAUCGUUGACAAAGGAGUGAGUGCAAGCGUCUUCGUCGACAACGCCGCUUACCGGACUUUCCUCCGCUCCAAAUUCAACGCCACCGCGGUGGAAAUGGAAAGCGCCGCCAUUGCUCUGAUCUCUCACGAGCAAAACAUCCCUUUUAUCGUCAUCCGUGCCUUGUCCGAUCUCGCUGGCGGCGGCUCCGAGAUCUCUAACGAGGCCGACAUUUUCGGCAGCCUCGCUGCGGUAAACUCUGUGGAUGUUCUUGUGAAGUUCGUUGGGUUGUUGCCUCAAUACCGCGGAAGCAAGGUUCAGUCAGAAUAAUAAGUGUUGUCGUGUAUUUUAACUAAGAGCAUGUAACGUAAAAUAAGAUGUAUCUGCCUUGAACUUUUAUUUUUCAUGAAUAAGAGAGAUGUGAUGUGUUCACA